GUAUAAGGGCAAAAUAUUUUCAAUUUUACACUGAAAAUAACAUAACAAAUAAAACAUGUGUGACCCGGCGGCUAUAACGGACGACAAAAUGCAGAAACUUGUCAAAUGUGACGCGGAUUGGGAGAAAACUGCGAAAACUCAAUGGGACCAGUACAAGGAGACCUACAGCACUAAUUGUACGCAAAACUUAAAAUCGGUUCUGGAUAAUUACAGUAAUGUUAAGGUGGCAAAGAGUCAGGGACAGUUAUUGUGGAAAUGUAAUGUUGAGUACCGGGAUUGUCGUAGAGGCUUAUUUGAAAACCAAUAUAUGGCACCCAUUGAUAAAGUUAGAAAUGAUAUGCCCCUCGGAGUUGACAGUAGUCUUAAGGCUCAGGUUUGCGACUCUAAUGUCAUAAACGAUGAGAAAAUCCAGAAAAUGAUUGCUUGCGACCAGAAUUGGACAAAACAACAGAAACCCAUAUUGACUGACUACUACAAAGAAUCAUCAAAAUGCAUGGUUAACAAUAGCGCGAUUGAGCCGGCUAAAUUUAAUGUCAAAGUCUAUAUGAACAUGAUCCAAUUGGUGAGAUUGUGCGGCGGCACCUAUAACGAGAAAUUGAGUUGUGACACGAGCUCCGAGUUUCAGGAGGAACUGGACCCUAAGAUUAAGGCCAAGAUGUGUGACCCGCAUGUCAUGAGCGACGAGAAAAUGGACCAAAUGCUCAAAUGCGACCACCAGUUCCACCAGAAAUGGGAGCCUACCUUCAAAAAGUUAGGUGAACAGGUAGCAGGGUGCGCCCAAAAGUCGCAUAGUUUUGUGGCAAAGUUUGGUAAAUUACAUAAUGAGCAGCACCGGCAUGAGGUACUGGAUACUUGUGAUGCUAACUACGCUAAAUGUAGACAUGAAGCUGAAAAGCAGAUCCACGACAAACUGAUCCGGGACAUUUGUGUACGUGGUCACGAGGAACAUGGUCUAAACGAUUUUAUUAACAAGCCAAAUAAAGCCAAAAUGUGUGACCCUGGUGUUAUGAGCGAUGCUUUGGCUGUCAAAUUGGAUAAAUGCGAUGAAUCGUACUCUACGGCGGUUGAGAAAGAGAUAGAAAAAUUUGAAAACUUAUACCACGAUUGCGAGAAGAAAGAGACAGAGUUUUUCGCAAAGUUUAAGAAAUUAAGGAAAGAGGAAAAUCAACACCAUUUGCACCAUACGUGCGAUGAGUUGAGUGAUAAAUGCUACGAUUCGUACUUUGCCAAGCUAAAUGAGGUUGGCAUCAAGCACAAAAAGUCGUUGAAUGAUUGCUAUUCAAAGGUGUUUGGAGCUUGAUAACAGCAGUAUUCUAAGUU